ACAUAACCCAUACGGUACUAGCUUAGAACGUCAGUUUCAAGCAACAGUCAGACGUGCACCGUCGUCCCUCGGCUCUCUUCACUGUUGAACGGAAGUAGAAUUUGGUUGCCAUUGUAGCGCAGCGGCCUCGCCAGUCUUGCUGCAGCGCCUUGCACGGUGCUAUGGGCGAUUGACGCACCAAGGCACGGUUGCAGCUCCCUUCUCUCCGAAGGAUCCGAACAAGUCGUGCGGCCUCCCCUAGCGGCGACGUCGAUCUCCGCGACCUCUCGUUCGUCGCGUCCAUACGGAUCAAGAAGAGAGUAACGUGAGCGCGAGGCAGUGGCGUGAGCGUGAAGGGGUGUGCUGAACCGGUUUGCGGACCUUGCCACCCUGUCAGCCUUGGGAACUUCCAAGUUCCACACAGGCUGAACCGUGCGAGCCGUGCGAGCCGUGCGAACCGUGCGAACCGUGCGAACCGUGGGAGCCGCGUGAACCGUGCGAACCGUGCGAACCGUGCGGACCGUGGGAGCCGUGCGAGCCGUGCGAGCCGUGCGAACUGUGCGAGCCGUGCGAACCGUGCGAACUGUGGGAGCCGUGGGAGCCGCUGGAGCCGUGUUCUGUAGAGCCAUGACGCCGUCUGAUCCAUCUCACGCCAUACCGGUCCUCGGCCCCGGACGCCAUGACAGGCGCGAUGCCUGCACAGCGGUAGUGCUAGUAGCGCAAGAUUGCUCUGACGCGGUUGGAGCAUCCGCGGUAUCACCGGAUAAACACGCCGGAUGCCUGUUUCCGCCGGGAUUCGCGGCGGGCAAUCCGUGCGAAGCGAGUGCGCGCGCGCAAGGGGGGGCGCGUACGCAGGGGGAAGCGCGCAUCGGAAGGGGGAGGGGAGCGCGCGGAGACGCGCGGCGGUGCCGGUGGGCGGUGAAGGUGGGGGAGUGGCGGCCCAGCGCGGCGGAGUUUUGGGCGGCUAUGGCGCUGCUACCCGCAGAACACCACGCGCACGUUCUAAGGUUUCUCCGCCUGUCCGACCGCAAGCGCGCGCUGGUGAGUCGCCUGGCGCAGAUGGCGCUGGUGGCGCGCGCGUGUGGCGUGCGCGGGGGGGAGGUGGGGCUCCUGCGGACCAGGGAGGGGAAGCCGCACUAUGAGGUGCGGCGGAGAGAAGGAGAAGGACGGGGGGGAGGUGAAGGGGGGCAAUGGUCACAGACCCAUGAUUGGACAAGCGUCAGCAAUGCAAGCACAGGUGUGCGUACGCACGCAAAUGCUAGUGUUGGUGCUAACGCGGUUGCUGAUACUCGUAUUUAUACUCAGGCUUGUGCCGCUGCUGAUGCCCACAGUCGCGAACUUGCGUACGGCCAAAGUGGCGGUAACCGUUACAGCGGCCACGGUGGCACUCUGCAUUACAACGUGUCACACCACGGGGAUUUCGUGGUGCUCGCCUCUGACCCCACGUGCAUCGUUGGCGUCGACGUGGCAGCGCACGACUGGCCGGAUUCUGCAGCCGCCGCUGCUGACAUGGCGGCCGCUGCUGCCAUGGAUGCUGUUAGGGAGUGCUGCUUGCUGCGGCGCGAGCAGGGCGGCUACAGUAACAGCAGCGGUGAUGGCAGCGGGACCAAUAAUGGUAGCAGCAGCGGUGGGCGCUCGGACGCACGAGAACCAUUCACGGUUCUGGAGUCUUGUGAGGGUGAGGUAGGGGAGAGGGUGGUGAUACAGGAGCAGGGGGACGAGGGGAGGGGGGAGAAAAAGGAGAAAUCUCCAGAGGGUUUGGUGGGAAAGACUGCGGGGGAGAAGGAGAUGAGAGGAGUGAGAUUGAAGAGUGGGGAACAGAUGAGAGGGCUUGUUGGGAGUGGAAUUUCCAGGAGUGACAUCUGUAGGAGUGAAAUUUGUGGGAGGGAGAAUGCGGAGGUGCUCGUGACAGGCAGUUCAGAGGUGCGUAGAUUAGAGGACGAGGGAGGUGAUACUUUGACAAAUCGCAGCAGCACCAUCGCCUCUCCACGCACCAGUAACGGCGUCAGACCCAGCCCUGCUAGCAGCAGCAGCAGCAGCAGCAGCAGCGGCAGGCGCGGUAGCAGUGGGAGGUAUGGCAGCCCUCGGGUGUUCUUCAGGCCGUUUCGGUCGCUGGGACUGCUGACGCGGGGGGAAUGGGCGGCCAUAGAGCAACCGGGAACUAGCGCUGAGGAGCAGCACAACCAGUUCUACAGGGUGUGGGCACUUAAGGAGGCGUAUGUGAAGGCCAUGGGCGUGGGGCUGGGCUUCGACCUGGGCCGGGCGGAGUUCGCCUGGGAGAGGGCAGAGCCGCGCUGCUAUGCUCCUGCUCAGAUUCAAGCGGACCCAAGCCCUCGUGGCUGGGAAGCAGGCUCGGAUGGCCAUGAUACAUGCUGUGACGAUGGCAUGCGAUGUGAGGAGGCGAGGGGGGCAUGGGAGGCAUGGGUGUGUGUGGAUGGGGCAUUGCAGCGGGACUGGCGGUUCUUCGUGCACAGACUGCCGCACAACCACUGGGUGGCGGUAGCUCGAGGCCCAUUGUCGGAUGCCACUCCAAGCUACCGGCAACUCAUGGAGCCGUAUCAGGGUGAAUAUGAGCCAUUGCAGGCUGCACUAGAGCUGUACGAGCCUGAGUUUGAGCUGCUUAGUGUGGAGGAUGUACGCUCCAUGUUGAAUUAGUAACAGAAACCGUGCAAGCUGUUGUAUUGUCAUUGGCAUGUAUUAGGCUUCGCUUCAAAAGUUGC